AUGAACAAUGACACUUGGUUGGCAUCUCCAUCGCCGUAUCAGGCGCUACCGGACGGCCACAUCAGGACGCUGUGUCUCUUGCCCGGGCUGCCGGAUACUCCGCUCGAAGCGCAGCUGAAGAGGCAAUCGCUGGAUGCCGCAGAGGACGACCGCGACCAUGGCCAGGCCGCGAGUGAGGACAAUGGCUUUGAGGCCAUCUCUUACUGCUGGGGCAAUGAAUUAUCUGAACAGCACCUGCACUUGACCAAUAGAAGCAGCCUGGCUCUUACACUGUCCCUCUAUUCUGCCUUGCAAGCCUUCCGACACACGAAUCAGCCUCGACAUCUCUGGGUCGAUGCUGUAUGCAUCAACCAGGACGAUGUUGUUGAAAGAUCGUCUCAAGUACAGAUGAUGGGCAGGAUUUAUGCGAAGGCUCGGAGAGUGCUUGUCUGGCUUGGACCUUGCCUACCCGAUGGAACUGAGACCAUCGCGUUCGUCACUUUGACCGCGCCGAUCGUGGCCAGAGGUGAUAGACCUCGUCGCGAACUUCUCAGAAUUAUUGAAAGACAUCUUGAGACAGCGACACACUGCAAGUGCUGCCAUAUUGCAGUCUCACCUCCUCGGCGCAUCAGACUAGAAGACGCACUAGCUGCAGUGGCGAAGCUGUUUGAACGACCCUGGUUUGGGCGGCUAUGGGUUGUGCAAGAGGUCGCUCUAGCAGCUCAGAUCCGCGUCCACUGUGGUUCACAUUUCGUUUCAUGGGAGUAUAUCAGUAUCUGA